CAAACUAUUCACAGCGGAGGCGCGUCUAUCUGAAGUCAGCCUUUACUAGUGUCACGGGAACUCCAUUGCUCAUCAGUGGUUGUUACAGGGAUGUCCUGGUAGCAAGCGUUACCACACAAAUCCAGAGUUGCUGAUAGUUGGUUGACCCAACAUGCAGAAGAGUAAUUCCAGGAAGGUAGACCCGACAUCGAGGUGGUGUCUUGGACUUACCGGCUUCUUCACCCUGGCAGUAGCGUUGGCGGUGGGAAUCCUCGUGGGCAAGUACGCCCUGUGUCCCGAUGACAAGCAGGGUCAGAGUAACCCAGGUGUGAAGGGACCGCAAGAUGAUGCUACCCACGAUAACUUAGAUAUCAUGAUGGAAGAUAUAAAUCCACAGAAUAUAGAAAAGAUUCUCAGAAACUUGUCGCUAGUCCCUCACCUCGCUGGCCAGGACAGGAACCAGCAACUGGGCGACAUCCUCCAUAGUUACUGGUCUGACAUAGGCCUGGAUGAGGUCAAGUCAGUCAAGUUUGACGUGCUGUUGUCCUACCCGAGUGCCUCCCACCCUAACCAGGUGUUCCUGCUGGACAAGGCGAACACUGUUGUAGCGGAAUCGCCCAGGGUGGAGAAGGUGCUGACACCGGGGGAAAACAGCACGGAGGUGGUGCCGCCCUUCCUGGCCUACUCCAAGGCAGGGUCUGUGCAGGGCAGUGUGGUGUAUGUGAAUUAUGGGCGAGUGGAAGAUUACGAAGCCCUCGACAGCAUGCACAUCAACGUAACCGGCAGUAUCGUCAUUGCAAGAUACGGCAAAAUCUACCGAGGCGACAAGGUAAUGAUUGCUGAGAAACACGGGGCAAUAGGGGUCAUUCUCUAUUCUGACCCUUGGGACUACCGCCCGGCCCAUGUCAAGGACGUGUACCCGAAAACCUGGUGGCUCCCCCCUACCGGUGCCCAGAGGGGGUCUGUCUAUGAGGGAGACGAGGACCCCCUGACACCAGGCUACCCUGCGACAGAGUUCGCCUAUCGGAUACCAGUGGAGGACGCAGAUCCCGCGCUGCCUGGAAUACCAGCUCACGUCGUGGGAUACGGGUUUGCGGAGCAGAUUCUCAGAGAGAUGGACGGCCGCAUGGCUCCUAUAGACUGGCGAGCGGGGCUGAACCUUACCUACAGACUGGGGCCUUACUUCUCUACACCGGGGAUGUCUGUCAGGUUGAAUGUGACGACCAGCAAUGUACGUCGUGAAAUAACAGACGUCAUCGGCGUCAUAAGGGGCGAAGUGGAGCCAGACAGAUACAUCCUCAUCGGUAACCAUAGAGACGCAUGGGUGUUUGGAGCUAUGGAUCCGUCUUCCGGCACUGCCAUCAUGAUGGAGAUGUCACGUGCCCUCAUGCACAGAAUUAAAACAGGCAACUGGCGCCCCAAACGAACUAUAAUAUUCUGCAGCUGGGAUGCGGAGGAGUAUGCACUCAUUGGAUCUUCUGAGUUCGUACAGAAAUAUGUCAAGAACUUACUGACUCGAGCUGUGGCCUAUUUGAACGUAGAUAUUGCUGUCGAGGGGAAUUAUACCUUGGACGUGAUGGGGACUCCAUUGUUGUAUCAAACAGCGGUCGAGGCGGCCAAACGGGUGCGUGUACCUGAUAAAGACACGCCCCUGUAUGACCAGUGGCGGGUGCGAAGAGAGAUGGAAGACCUCAAAAAGGACGGUUUAGGGAUACCGAGCUUCCCAAACCCCGGAUCAGGCAGCGACUACACCAACUUCCUGCAACUCUCGGGCGUCCCCAUCCUUGACUUCCGCUACAUAUAUAGCAAGAAAAGAUGGAGAAUCGGAUCCUACCCUCUCUAUCAUACAGAAUAUGAAACAUUUUAUGCCGUUAAGAACUUUGUCGACCCAGAGUUUAAGUAUCACCGGGCUGUGGGACAGGUGUGGAUGGCCGCUGCCUAUAUUCUCAGCGAGACGUGCGUCCUACCGUUCAACGUCUCCUUCUACGCCUGGACACUGCGGAGCCUACAGGAGCAGCUGGUCUACGACUACGGGAACAUACUGCAACAGCAUCUACCUGACUACGCGAGGAACCUGACGCUUGCUGUAGAGCACUUCAGCCAAUCUGCAGCUGAGUUCAUGACGAGACGACAGCAUGUGGACCAAUCAGACCCUCUGUCUGUCCGCCGCAUCAACGACCAGAUGCUGCAGCUAGAGAGAGCCUUUCUAGAUCCAAACGGCAUCCCAGGGAGGUCCUACUUCAGGCACAUCCUGUUCGCCCCCAGCAGUGUCAACAGCUAUGCGGGGUCGUCCUUCCCGGGUCUCACCGAUCUGCUGUUUGAGAUGGACAAGUCAAAGGAUCCAGCGAAGCAAUGGGAAAGAGUCAAACAACACUUCUCGGUCAUACUGUUCACCAUCCAAUCAGCAGCCUCGACACUCAAGGAUCCAAUUCACUUCCUUUGAUAUUGGAAUAAAAUUCAUAAUAUACUGAACCGAAAGCAAUAAAUGAAAAUACUUCAUGAAAUUUUCCCAUUGAAAUAUCAAUGUAUUUUUGGAAUGUUUCUCGUGUUUGACAUUAGUGUAUAUCCACAUUUAAUGUUAACGGCCAAAACGUGCCACAAUUGUGGCUAUAAUUGGUCUCCAAAACGCAGCUUAACAAACGACCACGGCUAAAAGUCCCGAGUGCGUUCCAUGAAAAUAUAAAAAACCUUGCGUUUCAUUAUGCCUUUUCUGAUCAACGGCACCCCAAUACGUGGAUCCAACAUUCAUGUAUCGAUACUAGCGCCAUGCCAAGACUUACGAAGAAUCAGAGAAACCAGGCUUCAGAACGACUGCAUGCAGUCGCCCUAAAUCCUGGUACAUUUAUACUGAGCUAUGUCCACGUGAGAACCAUCCACAGAUUACAGCAACGAUACCAGGUCACCAACAGCCUUCAGUCUUCCGAAAGGUGACGCACAUGCAUUUUGAUUUUCAUGCAAAGCAUUCGGGACUUUGUACCAUGAUCGCUUGUUAAUGCAUUGAUUUUUCAAUGGGAAACUUUCAUUAAGAAUUUCCAUGAACCUACGUUUUGUUUGCGGUUCAGAAUAUAUAUAUAUAUAUAUAUAUAUAUAUAUAUAGUCACUUGAUUCUACUCAUAGUAAUACAUACCUGUUAAAAGUGUUGCAUAUUGCAACAUUUAUGUUUAAAGAUUUCCUAAUGCACCUUGAAAUAACGGUUGUUAUACUGGAUGCCUACACACGAUGUACAUUUAUAAAUUGUGAUAAUAUACGCAUGACAUAUCUUGAACUAAAUUUAGAUUCAUAUCA